AUGGCCCAACCAGCGCCCCGCCUGUUCGAUCUGGAGGAGAGGAGCUCCUCCAUGCCCCACCUCGCCUCAAUCCAGCAGCACGACAGCUCCCCAGCGCCCGCAACCCUCCUCCUCGCUCGAUCCCGAGCGGGAGAGUACCCCGACGGCUCGUCCCCGCGCAGCCCGCGAGGCACCGGCCUCCUCAGCUCCUCCGGCCCUGCAACAACUCUCGCCGGCCCUUCUGUAGUUCGUCGCCGCCGGCGCACUCAGCCACCUGGACUGCGCCCCGUCUUCCCUGUCGUCCAGGACCGGCCUCGACCCUCUCUCUCCCUUCGUUCUCCUCCUCCUGUCGUUUCCCUCUCUCCCUGUCGCUCAAACUUUCUAUCUUUUGAACAGAGGACAUGCGCCGCCCCCUUCAGCGCCGCCCAUGGCCUUGUCUUCGGCCAGUACGAGCCAUCCCCGACCUCCUCCUCGUCGCCCACGCCAUCGCCUUGCUCCGCCCUCGCCGUCGUCCCGCCGGUGAGCAGCACUAGCAGGUCGUCCUCGCCGCACCUGCUCCCUUCCCCUUUCUCUUCUUUGCUGAAGCUUCCGCACUCUCACACGACUCUCUCUCUCUCGCUGUCCUCUGUUACAGCUCCCGGAUCCGCACCUUCCUUCGUUCCCAGCACCGCUGCGUCGCCGGAGCAGGAGCUCCAUCCGCCGCCGCGCCCUGCAUCGCCUGAAACCGCACCCGCGUUGACUUCUCGUCGUGAGGCUCCAGUCGGCCUCGUCCCGAUCUCCAGGCCCACAUCUGCUAGCCCGCGUCCAGCCUCCCCACCGAGCCGGCCCAUGAGGCCUGGUGAGCCUCAGAUCCAGCGCCCUCACCCUGUGCACUCUUGGGCCAGCUAG